AUGCCAGUUAACACAUCCUCACAUUCUUUAAAUGAUGGAAACCUUGAUGUCGAAGUCUUCUUACGCUACUUCGUCGCAACUAUACUUCCAUACGGUGUGGUGUUUGGGUCGGUGCUUUUGAAGGUCCCUCAAAUCGUGAAAAUCCUGCAACACCGUAGCGCGGAUGGCAUAUCCUUUGCAUCUCUCUGUUUUGACCUCACCGCCUUUGUUGUCACUACGAGCUGGGGAAUUGCUCAAGCACUCAACUUUAAAGACUAUGGAGAGAAUAUGCUUAUCAUGGGCGAGGUGGCCUUUUUGCUACUUUUGGUGGGCUACUUGCAACGUAGUAUGACACGUGCGUUGUUGGUGUUUACCUUGGAAGCAACGUCACUAGUUGUUAUGUCGUGUGGAUAUCUUCCCCGUACUUUUCACGAAUGGCUACUGAGUAUACAAAUUUUAUUCGGGAUAAGCAGCCGUGUGCCCCAAAUACUAAUGAAUUAUAGAAAUCAGUCAACAGGGCAUUUGUCUUUUUUGACGUUUUGGCUGGCCAUGGCAGGUGGAGUUUCUAGACUGUUAACGACGUUUCAAAAUGUCUCGGUUGAGCAGGGCAAAUAUAUCAUGCUGAUGCAGUUUGGAGUUUCCGUGGCACUAAAUGCAGCAAUUCUUUUACAGAUUGUGGCCUACAGGGAGCAAACACGGAAGCAGCUGGACCAGCAAAAACAAGGAAAGAUGGCGGAGAAGGAUAAAAAACAAAGGUAG